AUGAUCAAAUUUCGAUUGCUGCUGUUCCUCGGUGCUUUGUUGGUGAUCAGAGCGGAAUGGAAUAAUUGGAACUGGGGACCUCCGCAACAACCACCUCAACCCAAUAAUAAUUUGGCUAUUGGGUAUCCUACUGCUUAUGGGUUGUAUGCUGGAAGAGGAUAUGGGAAUGGGAACGGAUAUAAUGGAGGAGGACCGCCCAACGCCGGCGCAGGAUUUGGGAGCCCUCUCCGAUGUCUGAACGGUGGCGCCCAUAUCGGACAGUGUCGCCUCGAUCAAGACUCAAUUUGUAUCGCAUUGGGUGGAACUUGUACACACGGUGCAUGCUGUACGACUCCAUUUGUCAGCAUUCUAGGAGGUAUGUCGACUACCGAGGCUCCAGAUGUGAUAGAUGGGGAGACAACGAGAAAAAAGAAAGGGAAGAGGAAGCUGGUGGUGGCCACGACUACUGUGACGCCGGUUGGCGAGAAUGGAGAGGAUGAUGAGAAUGAUGUGAUGAAAUCCGCGGAACUCGAGGAAUGGAACAAGUUGAUUGAACGUUCGCGCACUACCACAACUACUCCAGAGCUCAUUAUCGAAGAAAUGGUCACAGUGGACCCAUAUGUGGAGGAAAACGAAGAUAGGAAAUGCUCAUCGGGUCUCCGCUCUGUCGGACCGUGCUCAGAAGAUUCCGAUUGCCCAACUUUGCAUCAGUGUGAGAAGGAGCAGUGUUGUUAUUUAUUGUUAUAA